CAAAUCAACCCAGCCCAAAUGCGCCGCGCCGCCGCCGCUGUGGCGGCGCCGCUGGCGACGGACCCGCAGCUCCUGGCGGCGGCAGUCGAGACGGCGAUCGCUUCCCGGUCUCCGCGACUCGGGCGCGCGGCGCACGCGCGCGCCCUCAGGCUGCUCGCCCCGGCCAUCCCGCCCUUCAUCUGCGCCCACCUCGUCAACCUCUACUCCAAGCUCGACCUCCCGGGGCCCGCCGCCGCAGCGCUGGCCUCCGACACGAGCCCCACCGUCGUGUCGUACACGGCGUUCAUAUCUGGCGCGGCGCAGCACGGGCGCCCGGCCCUGGCGCUCUCGGCCUUCGCCGCCAUGCUCCGGCUCGGCCUCCGCCCCAACGACUUCACCUUCCCAUCCGCAUUCAAGGCCGCCGCGUCCGCGCCGCCGCGGUCCACCAUCGGGCCCCAGGUACACGCCCUCGCGCUCAGGUUCGGGUACCUCCCCGACGACGCCUUCGUGGCGUGCGCGGCGCUGGACAUGUACUUCAAGACUGGCCGCCUCGCGCUGGCACGCCGCCUGUUCGAGGAAAUGCCCUACAGGAACGUGGUCGCCUGGAACGCGGUGAUGACUAACGCAGUGCUUGACGGGAGGUCCCUUGAGACAGUGGAGGCGUAUUUUGGGCUCCGAGAGGCUGGUGGGAUGCCGAAUGUGGUCUCAGUUUGUGCGUUCUUCAACGCGUGUGCUGGGGCGACAUAUCUAUCCCUUGGGGAGCAGUUCCAUGGCUUCGUGGUGAAAUGCGGGUUUGAGAUGGAUGUCUCCGUCUCCAAUUCCAUGGUCGAUUUUUAUGGGAAGUGUCGAUGUGUGGAGAAGGCCAAGGCGGUGUUUGAUGGCAUGGGAGUUCGGAACAGCGUAUCCUGGUGCUGUAUGGUUGUUGCAUAUGCACAGAACGGUGGAGAGGAGGAAGCUUUCUCUGUCUACCUGGGUGCAAGAAGAGCUGGGGAAGAGCCAACGGAUUUCAUGGUUUCCAGUGUGCUCACCACGUGCGCAGGACUGCUAGGCCUUGACCAAGGGCGCGCUCUGCAUGCAGUUGCUGUCCGUUCUUGCAUUGAUGCAAACAUUUUUGUUGCAAGUGCGUUGGUUGACAUGUAUGGGAAAUGUGGGGGUAUAGAAGAUGCUGAACAGGUCUUUCUGGAUAUGCCACAGAGAAAUCUUGUUACAUGGAAUGCAAUGGUAGGAGGUUAUGCCCACAUUGGUGACGCUUGGAAUGCAUUUGCAGUGUUUAAUGAUAUGAUAAAGUGUGGAGAAACAGCACCCAAUUACAUCACACUUGUCAAUGUACUCGCAGCAUGCAGCAGAGGAGGUUUGACAAAUGAAGGAUAUGAGCUGUUCAAGACAAUGAAUGAUAGGUUUGGGAUCAAGCCACGAAUAGAGCAUUAUGCUUGUGUGGUGGACUUGCUUGGUCGUGCAGGAAUGGAAGAACAAGCUUAUGAGAUUAUACAGGGGAUGCCAAUGAGGCCUUCUAUUUCUGUCUGGGGAGCACUACUUGGGGCAUGCAAGAUGCAUGGUAAAACAGAACUAGGAAAGAUUGCUGCUGAGAAGUUGUUUGAACUUGAUCCUCAGGACUCUGGCAAUCAUGUUUUGCUCUCUAACAUGUUAGCAUCUGCUGGCAGAUGGGCAGAAGCAACAGAUGUGAGGAAGGAGAUGAAAAAUGUUGGAAUCAAGAAAGACCCAGGGCGCAGCUGGAUUACCUGGAAAAAUGCUGUACAUGUUUUCCAGGCUAAGGAUACAAAACAUGAGAUGAAUAAUGAGAUCCAGGCAUUACUGGCCAAGCUCAAAAGUCAAAUGCAAGCUGCUGGGUACAUGCCAGACACACAAUAUGCUCUCUACGAUCUUGAGGAAGAAGAGAAGGAAUCAGAGGUGUUUCAACACAGUGAAAAGCUUGCUCUGGCUUUUGGAUUGAUCUGUAUACCAAAUGGUGUACCUAUAAGGAUCAUGAAGAAUUUGCGAAUUUGUGUAGAUUGUCACCGAGCUUUUAAAUUCAUAUCUGGUAUUGUUGGUAGGGAGAUAAUUGUGCGAGACAACAAUAGGUUUCAUCACUUCAAAGAUUAUGAGUGCUCAUGCAAGGAUUAUUGGUGAAAGCUUUAUCUGCAGGAUCUUGUGAUGCAUACUUCUUUGGGCUUUUCUGGAACCACUUCUGCAAAUAUAGAAGAAGUACGUGCAGAGUGUGACAUCAAACAUGUAAAAUGCAGAAUCAGAUGGAAAUAGACCAGCUGGCCAAAUUUAUUCAGGUUUCUGCUCCAGCUGCGGUUGGCGAAUGCUAUCAGGAUGGGAAAUAGGACCACAGCAAAAUAGACUGGCAAAUCAGAACAUGGGACUAGCAAUAUCCUCAGUUGGUUCCAACAUUUGGCAUGGUGGAGGGAGGAGAUGCAAUCAUCGGCUGUGGAGCACAAACGCCCAGCAUGUUUUAUUGCAGCCUUGCAAGUAUCUUGGAGAGGGGUCUCGAAGAAAUGAAGCGCACAUCAUGCUCAGUGCAUGCAUUCAGAGCCCUGUGAUGUUGGUAAAUGUACUCUGAGCCAAGAGUUGUGGUACUGUCUUAGCUCAGCAAUCCAUGAUAUUCCUCAGAUAUUGAAACGCUGUGCGGUACUUUCUCAGCUCUGCCAUCCAUGAUGUUUCACCGUGUUGGAAUGCUGCAUGGUACUGUCUCAUCUCAGCUACCCAUGAUGUUCCUCAGUUCUUGAAACACUGACUGACUGAGGGUGCUAGGUGUUGAGGUGCUGGGCGUCAUAUUUCUAACCUGUAGAAAUGGUAAUAUGAAAUGCACUGACUUUUGAAGCUUGUAAAUACGCAAUGUACUAUAAUGACACAUUAUGUUUAGAAAGUACUACUACUAUCAUCAGCUUAAUUUUUCAGGUAAACAUUCUGCUGCUUA